AUGCCUUCUCCGGCUCAACAGCUAGAUAGAUCCUCGAAAGAGGCCGAACUCUACUCCCUCCAGACCCCACCUCCGUACGAAGCUGCCGCCUACCCCCGCGUCCGGGCCCGUCGCCCUCUUGUCCGACGCCUCGUUUCCGUCCGUGGGCUCCUCGCCACCUUCCUUGCCGGCGCAAUCACCUGGCUUUGUCUUCUUCUCGCGCGCGAGACUAAGCUCGACCACGUCGCCCAGAAUGCGUCUUCAUCUGCUCGUCUGACCCGUUUCGAGGAGUCACUCCAGCAUUGCGCAUCCCUCAAGACAUUCCCUCAGAGCCCCGAGCCCAAGUCCCGCAAAUCGAACCCGCGAUGGAACCCCGUCCGUGGGCAAGAGAAGCCUGUUGUGCUUCGCAACGCGACCUUCUUUGAUGGCGAGAAGAUUGCUUCUGAGCCAAUGGAUAUCAGGUUUGAGAAGGGUCUUUUCGUCGACGUUGCGACCACUGCUUCCAAGGCAAUCAGCUCAGAGGGAGCUGAUGAGCACGACCUGCACGGUCGCUUCGUGACGCCAGGCUUGGUCGAUAUGCACUCGCACCACUCUAUUAGCCUCUGGCCAGCCCUGUCUGCCAAUGAUGACACGAACGAAGUGAACAAGGCGUACGGGCCCCUUACUCCCUUCUUGCGUGCCAUCGACUCCAUGAAGGCCUAUGAUGAGGGCACUCGUAUCAUCAUGUCUGGCGGUAUCACCUCGUCGCUUAUCCUGCCAGGCUCGGCCAACGUCAUGGGUGGAGAGGGAACCGUGAUCAAGAACGUUCUUAACUCUGGAGAACUGGGCGAGUACAUCGUUGAGGAGCUUCUGCUUGAACACGGCAUCCCUAUCGAGGAACGGCACAGGUACAUGAAGCUGGCCUGCGGUGAGAACCCGAAGCGGGUGUACGAUCACACGCGUAUGGCUGAUGCUUGGAUUCUCCGCGAGCAAUUCGCCAAGGCCAAAGAACUGUUGCAGAAGCAGGACGAAUACUGCGAGGCUGCUGCGGUUGUGUCGACUGCUUCGGCCGACGAGAAGCGCCGCUUUAUCGAGCAGCUGGGCAACUUCCCCAGCGAGCUGAAGCUCGAGUCCACAGCCGGUAUGCUACGCGGCCGAGUGGCUAUGCAGAACCAUUGCUAUCUUCCCGAGGACAUGGAAACCAUGCUGCGCGUCACUGGUGAAUUUGGCGUCAGGAUCCGGGCCUUCCACCAUGCCAUUGAGGCCUGGCAGGUUCCUGAGAUGCUCAAGACCUAUGGAGAAAAUGUCACAAUCGCUACCUUUGCCGAGUUCAGCUUGUACAAGUGGGAAGCGUACUCCCCGAACCUGUCGGCUGGCAAGAUCCUGAACGAGCACGGCGUGUCCGUCGCCUACAAGUCAGACCACACUGCGCCCGAGACCAACGCCAAAUACAUCAUGUACCAGGCGGGCGUCGGUCACUCUUUCCAUUUACCAGAGGAGAAGGCCCUGCAAUCCGUCACCUCUAUCCCGGCAAAGGCUAUCGACUUGGACUACCGCGUAGGCUACGCGCGCCCGGGCUAUGACGCUGAUUUGGUCGUCUGGGACGCCCACCCCUUGUCCCUCGGCGCAACGCCCCUCCAGGUCUACAUCGACGGCAAACCUCAACUGAAGAAUCAAAUUGUCCAGGAGAGUAUGGGCACGACCUUCACUGAGGCUGCGGCCAAGGAUACCCUACCAGUGACUCCCAAAACAAGAACGGAGCUUGAGCCCGAGAAGAAGGAGGCGUUCUGCGCCAAGACCAAGAAGAAAGCCACCUUUGUCAUCAACGGUAUCACCACAACCUUCCUCGAGAACCAUCCUCAGGUGCCCUCAACCUUCCGAGACGUCGCUGGUGAGAACCUGACCCUCGUGAUCAACAAGGGGGGCAUCACCUGCUUGAACACCUCCAAGAACUGCGCCUCUGCGGUUACCCAAGCCUCUGCGGAGGGCGACGUCACGACGCUCGAUCUUUCCAAUGGCCACGUACUACCGGGCCUGACCGCCCUCACAACCGCCCUCGGCAUGGUCGAGGUUGCUACGGAGCCUAACUCAGGAGACGGUUACGGCGACUUCAAGCGCGAUGGCAACGAUCCUGAGAACCUUGACUUCGCCAAGUACGGCGUCCAGCUCGAGGGUAAGGCAUUCGCGCGUGCCCGUCUCGGCGGCAUCACCCGCGCCAUCUCACCACCCGUUAGCGAGGCCGGCUUUGUCAACGGCGUUAGCGUCGGUAUCCUCACCCGUCGCGACCGCACCCUUCUCGACGGCGGCAUUUUCAAGCCCGAAGUCGCGCUUCACGUUACCCUCGAUGACGGCGCAAAGGCAAGCGUUGGAACCAUCAGCAAUGCCGUCAAGAAACUGCGGAAGAUCCUUGCGGAUGGCAAGGGCAAGCACAACGAGACAACUUUUGGAGAAGUUGCGCGGGGCAAGCUGCCGCUCAUCAUCAAGGCGAACAACCACUGGGACAUUCAGCAAGUCAUCAGCAUCAAGAAGGACUUCCCCGACGUGAACAUCGUCAUCCAGGGCGGUUCGGAGGCGCCAUUGGUUGCACUGGAGCUCGCCAAAUCCCAGAUCCCCCUCAUCCUGACCGAAACCCGCCCAGCACCCGCCGAGUUCCGACACCGAGACGCCGUCGUGGGCCCGCCGCUGACGCCCAGCGUCGCCCGUCUCCUAAGCGAAGCCGGCGUCUACUUUGCCAUCGCCGUCGUAUCUGAAAUAAUGCCCGUCGACUACCGCAUCCACGACCUCGCUCUCGAAGCCGCCUGGGCGGCCAAAUACGCCAACCUCGGCGACAAGGAGACGGUCCGUCUCGUCUCGAGCAACGUCGAGGAUAUCCUCGGUCUUGAAAGAACCAAAGACAUUGUUAUUUGGGAGGGCAGUCCUCUUCAGUUCGGCGGCACCGUGGCUCUCAGCUUCGAGCAGGGCAAGAAUGGCGAGAUUGAGGUGGCUGCCUGCUGGCCGCAGGAGCAUGAUACGCAGUAA